AUGCAUUUAAUUAAAUAUAUUUUCAUAUAUUUUUUACUUUAUCUAUCUAAUUUAUCCGCUAAAACUAAUGAUUUCAAUCCAUAUGAAGUUCUUGGUUUAACUCGCACAGCAUCAGAUAAAGAAAUUCGUCAAGCAUAUAAAAAAUUAGCAAGAUAUUGGCAUCCUGAUAAAAAUUCGGAACCAAAUGCACAUGAACAAUUCACAAAAAUCAAUGCAGCUUAUGAAAUUCUAUCUGAUUCAAUAAAACGACAAAAUUAUGAUGAUUAUGGUACAACAUCUCAAGAUAAUCAUCGUGGUUUUAAUACGAAUCAUUUUCGUGAUCCAUAUGAUAUAUUUCGAGCACAUUUUGGUAAUGAUUUUAAUUUUUUUCAUGAAUCACCAUCUGGUGCAAAAAAACUUAUUCAUUCACGUGAAUUUCUUAAUAAUAUUUUACCAAAUAGUGAUAAAAAACCAUAUAUUAUUUUUGGUAGUACAAAUUUUUGUUUACAUUGUCGUGAACCAUUAAUAAUAUUUCGUUCAUUGGAAAAACAAUUCAAUGAUGUUGGUAUUAGUACAGCAGAAUUUAAUAUAAAUGAUCAACGUUUAAGUAAUGAAUUAGGUAUAUUAAAUGCUCCAUCAUUAUGUGUUAUUAGUCAACAUCGUGUUUAUCAUUUUAAUGAUAAUGGAAAAUCUAAUCAAUAUACAGAAACAAAUAUUAAAGAAUUUGUUCGAAAAUCAAUACCUAUUCAACGACAUAUAAAAAUAUUACGAACUCCUGAUGAUCUAUUGUCGAUAAUAUCAUCAUAUAAUGAAACAAAUCGAAUUCAUGCAAUAUUAAUAACUAAACAAAAAACACCAACACUUAAAUUUGUUAUACCUUGUUUACAACAUUUAUCACGAAUACAAUGUGCCGUAUUAAAUUCAUCUGUGAUAAUGACAAAUCAAAUUCCAUCAUUUCUUACACAAGUUUCAACUAUAACUGAUACAGUUUUAUUAUUUAAAGAAGAUAAAAAUCCAAUAGCUGUUAUUAAAGAUAAUGAUUUAACUUUUGUUAAUAUUCAAAAGUUAUUCGAAUCAAAUCAACUUUUACAUCUACCAACAAUUACAAGUUCAAAUGUAUUUAAUUUAGUUUGUCAAACAAAUUCUGCUAAACCCUGUUUUCUAAUUAUUGGUGAUUCAUUUCUUUUUGAACAAUAUCGAUCAUCUUUUUUAUUUCUUGCUAAACAAUUAUUUCAACAAUAUGGAUCAUAUAUGGCAUAUCUUGAUUCUUCAUCAACAAAACAAAUAAGUUUUAGUCAAAUAUUUUCAUCAAUUUAUCAUCCUAAUGAUAAAAAAUUAGUUAUUGUUGUUAUUCGUCGAUGGUUUGAUGAUACAAUUGAAUUAGUUAAUACAGAAGUUGAAUUUGAUGAAAAUUCUUUAAAUGAAUUAAAACGUAAUAAUAUAAAUAUUGUUGCUGAUAUUGAAGCAAAUUUAAAAUUAUAUUUAACAAUACGUUGGCAAAAUGCUAAAAAAUUUACAUUACCAACUAUAUUUGAUUUUGAUGAAAGAGAUGAGAAUAUUUUUACAAAAAUUAAUAAUCAAAUUCAAGAUAAAUGGAAUUAUUGGUUUGAAAGAAAUCCAUAUUGUCGAUCUUUAUCAGGAUAUGUUUUAACAUAUCAAUUUUGGUUAGUUUUUCUUUCAAUUAUUAUUUAUCUAUGGUAUACAAAACAAGACUUCGAUAAAAAUAUAAAUAAUAAUAUAAAACAAACAAGAAGAUCACAGUCAUCUUCAACAACAAUAUAUAAAAAAUCAAAUGAAAUUUAUCGAGAACCGAUAAAUACAGUAAAAUUAGAUGAAUUUAAUGAAUCUUUUCUUCAAAAUUAUACAAAUUCAAAUGCACCAAAUGUUAUUAUAUUACUUCUUAUUGCUAAUACACAAGAUGAUUCGUGUAUUGUACAUUUUCGUAGACAAAUUAGUUUAAUUAAUGAUUCUCGAAUGAUCUUUACUGUUCUUUAUCGUAAAAAUUCACCACGAUGGCUUAAUGAACUUUAUGCAAAUAUAGAAGAUGAUCAAAAUCGUCAUUUAGUUCGAUUUGUUACAUCAACUGUACUUGCUUUAUAUAUACGACGAAAAUUUUUUGUACCUUAUGGACCAUUAUCAAAUAAAAAUGAUAAUGACGAAGUAUUAGAUGAAACUGGUGCUUUUAUUGGAAUGGAUAAUUAUCAUAAUCGUUCGUCAUCAAUAUCAUCAACAGAUUCUAUAGAAUCAACAACUGAUCCAUUAUCAUUUUCUGAUUGGAUUGAUCUUCUAUUUGAUGGAAACAUUAGAACACCUAUUUCUGUGACAGAAUGGCCAAUGAUAUUUCGUUGA